UGGAGAUAUUGUCGAUCAUGUUUCACAUUUUAUUUCCGUGUGUAGUCUUACUUUGUGUUCGAUUCUUUGAUAAGCUUGGGGUCGUUGACAGCAAACAAGGGACGAUUCCGCCGCCACGGGUAAAGUGUAAAGAUAUCGCUCCGAAUGAGAAAGUGGGGUGCCUAGUACCGGAAAAUACAAACAUGACCACGUGUCUUUUUCUUGGAUGCUGCUGGAAUGAUACGGAAGCAGAUUCUGCAAAGAAAUGUUACACCAAAAGAGGAGGAUCCUGCAUGCCUUAUCGAGGAAAAGUUUGCCAAGUGUCAUUCAACUCGACCCUCUCAACUUACCGCAACAGUAGACGUUUCUUUGACAACAAAUUUGGCUUGCCAGCCACCGAAGAAUUUCUUACUAGGGGUGUAGAAAUAAUCAACCAGCUUGUGAAGGACGACGAAAAGUGCAGAUACAUCUUAAUAAAUAUGCUUUGUCAUUACACUGUGCCUCCAUGUUACUCAGAUGACACAGACAUGAAGUACUGUAGGGAGGACUGUGCGGCCAUUUUCAAGGAAUGUAGAACCCCCCUGAAUCAAGUGAUUGGUGCCGUGACGUUGCAUGUGGCAGCGGAAAAGAUUGAUUUUAUACAUACAAGUCUACCGAACUGUUCCGGGCACCAUAAGGAAGGACAUUUUGAAGACAAACCAGGAAAGAUCUGUAUCAAGACAGGCUUUUUCAAUUACACAGAGACCACGAUGAGUGCAAACACUGAGAAAACAACCCCACAACCUGGUAGAAAACUGGAAAUUAUCCUUCCAAUUGUCAUAGUUGGCCUUUGCAUUAUUUUGCUAUGUGUCAUCGUGGUCGUUCUUCUUCGAAGACGUCAGAAAAUGAGGGACGCUGUGGAUAAUGGGCAUGCGCUAUCCCACAAAGGUUCCAUCACCAUGAGGGACAGGUUACGAGCGGAGUCCCUGAAGAGCCUGGACUCGCGCUUGUUAGGACUUUAUGACCCGAAAAAACUGAGGCAAUACAAUUUGGACCAUGUACAGUACGUGAAAGAUUUGGGAGAAGGUUUCUUUGGAAAAGUUUUUCAAGGUCGCGCUUCGGGUCUGAAUGAUAAACAACCCAAAAAGGUUAUUCCUGUGGCGGUGAAGGCGCUGAAGGACGAAGCGUCCAAGGAACAGAAAGAAGAGUUUUACCGAGAAGUAACUCUGAUGUCCAUUCUUACACACCCAAAUAUUGUUCAGCUUCUAGCUGUGUCAACUGAGGAGGAACCCUAUGGAAUGCUGUUUGAGUUCAUGAGUGGCGGGGAUUUGAAUCAAUAUUUGAGGAAUGCACUACCAGCGGAAACAUCGCUUGAAUCCAGCGAGAAAGGGAAAGGUAGUUUAUCUCUCUCUCAAGAAUCCCUUGUGUCUGCCGCAACCCAGAUCGCUGCUGGCAUGCAUUAUUUAGCCGAGAUUAAAUUUGUUCAUAGGGACUUGGCGACUAGGAACUGUUUAGUCGGAGAUGACUUCGUUGUGAAGAUUGGAGAUUUUGGAAUGUCACGUGACAUUUAUACUACAGAUUACUAUAAGAUGAGUAAAAAAACAUUGUUGCCCAUCCGCUGGUUGGCUCCUGAAGCUUUUCUGUACGGCAAGUUUAGUCUCCAGUCGGACGUAUACGCAUAUGGUGUGGUACUCUGGGAGAUUUUCACGUUUGGUCUUCAGCCGUAUUAUGGGUAUACUAAUAAAGAAGUGAUGGAAUUUAUUCAAAAGGGUAUUCAUUUAGAGAAACCAGACAACUGUCCGGACUUCGUAUACGCUAUAAUGAAAGAUUGUUGGAAAAAAGAACCAGAGAAGCGUUUGGAAUUUACAGCUAUAGGCAUGCGUCUAAAAGACCCUUACCACGUUUAUAACAUGCCUCCCGCUUCAGAAUCUGAGGAAGAACUCGAGCAAAGGGAGGAAGCAAAAGAAGGCGACGAGAUCUUGUCAUCAGACACUGGAAACUACGACAUCCCGCGUGCGAAAACGCUAGAGUCAGAUUACGACGUGCCGAGAUCAAACAAAGAUAUUCGAAUGAGCACUGCCGAUGACGACGACGACGACAACGACGACGAGGACAAAGAAGCUCCGAAAGAUGUUCCAGUUUGAUUUGUUUACCACCACAUAAGAACAAUCUCGUCGUUAUACAACUAUCAAAUGGACCAUAAAUGAAUUCACACGAGGCAUGUAAACUACGUUGUUAGAUUUUUUGACUAGUUGCUUUAGGAAUUAUAAAAUUCGACGCAGUUUACGGUGACAUCAUUUUUGCAAUAUGUCGUAUCUUGUAUGUCAUAUCUACCCAUAUUUAGUGAUGUUUUGGUGACUGAAAUUAUGAGAUUCCGUGGGGCCUUCUAGAUCUCUCUUCAGCCGCAUCUGCACCUGCAAAAAUUGCCUUUGCUGAACCAAUACUUCGUUGAAAAAUUUUUCAUGGCAAUUUCUUGUCAAGGAGAAACUUUUCAAAGACGCAAUUUGUCAGUGUAGAUAACUUGACAAGGAAAAUGGAGAGGACUUCAGAGAAAUUUAAUCCUACUUCAAUAAGCUUGGUCAACGCUGAGGACAAGGGUAUUUUUUUCCAGCUUGACAAGUGCAUUGGCAAACAGAAUUUGCUCGUUUUAAUGCGGCUUUUCUCAUGCUUGAUGGAUUUAUCAGUCAGCAACCC